UGACCAUAAUUUACCCUAAAAGUUAUGAUCCCAAAGUUAUCUACAAAAUAAAAACAUUAAUUUAGUCCUACUAAGACAUAGUGAAUACCAUCAAACACAAUUGUAAGUUCAGUCCAAACAAGAACAAACAAUUGCAACGUUCCACAUUACAAAAUCUAUAUAUAAAAGAAACAAGAAAAACAAAGGUCCGAAAAUCAUCGGAAAAAGAUGAGUGGUGCAGGUAAUUGUCUUCUCGUUUCUCUUGUAUUGUGCUCGUUAGCAGUUUCAGCACAAUGCUACGGUGGGAGAGGAUUCGAUCCUCUCGGAGAAUUCGUUGAAGUCCAAAGGGCAAAAACGUCAUUAAACAACCUCGAUGAAAACCUCUCGAUCAAACGUUCGACAAUAUACGUCGAAAAUCAGGAGGGAUAUAAAGAAGUUGACAGGAUAUUGAGUUUACCAGGGCAACCAGAAGUGAGUUUUGAUCAGUAUUCAGGGUAUGUGACUGUCGAUGCAAGUGCUGGAAGAGCACUAUUUUACUAUUUUGCUGAAUCGGAAAACUCAUCUUCAACUAAGCCUCUCGUUUUGUGGCUCAAUGGAGGUUAGUAUUUAACGAUCUUUAUGUGAACGCGUAAUAAUAAAUUUAGUCUUACUAGAGGUAAAAAAUCGGGCGGAUCAGAUCGGAAAUAACACUUGCGGAAUCCUUUUUUUUUUUCGGAAGUGAAAAACUAUUUCCAAUUUUGUUCCAAAAAAGUCG